GAUCAUGGAUCUGCGAGUGCCCGUCCCGGAGCCCGGCAGCCUGCGGUCCGAGGAGGAGCUCCACAUGGACAAGGUGCUGCACAGGGCUUCGUCCUACCCAGCUCAGACGACUUACUUCCUGUACUGGAUCGGCAGCAGCACCACGGACCCCGAGUCGGGGGGCUCCGCGGGCGCCUGGGGGUACAUCGUGAGCCGCGCAGGGAGCCAGAAGCUCGCCCGGCACAUGAGCUUCAUGUGGGAGUCUUACGACGACCAGCUUCAGUGCAUACUGCAGGGGGCCGACCGCUUCUCGCGCGAGCUCGGCGAGCGCCGCCUGUGGGCGGUGUUCCCGCCCGUCGUCACCUCCGACGGCACCUGGCCCUCGGCCAACGCCGGCGACGACCUGGUCUGCGGCCGGCAGGCCGCGCCGGUCAGCCCGCACGCCUCGUUCCGGGACCGGAGCCUGCUGCAUCCGCUGGCGGAGCUGAUCCUGUGCCCGGAGCCGCAGGUGCCGUUCGGCGCUGGUGGCCAGCUGUCACCCGAGGCGCUGCUGAAGGUUUGUGCCAUGGCGCUGGCGUGGCCGUCGGCGAGCGCGGAGUGCCUGGACGCGUCCCAGGGCUGGGCCAGCCUCCUGGAGCACCGCCGCAGCGUCAGCAGCGAGCUGCAGAAGGAGCUGCAGAUCCAGGUGCGGCUGCGGCGGCCCAUGCUCCUCUUCGCGUCCGAGUCGCUCGCGCGCUGCUGGACGCUGCUCGCCGCCAUGCCGCGCCUGGGCCUGGACAUCAGGCAGCUCGCGGCCCUGCACGUGCUGGUCGUGCAGGCCGGGCCGGAGGAGUGCUUCUGCCCGCAGGCGCUCUUCCGAGACCUGGCGGCGCUCGCGCCGCAAGCCGCGGUGACGCUG